UUCAGCUCUCUCCUGUCCCUUCUCCCUCAGGGGCCCUGGGACCUUUGGAAUUCUCUUCAAGCUCAUUUCCGGGCCUGCAAGUACCUAGCGAGCCCCUGAGGAGCUGAGCAUGACCCGCGACGCGGCGCUGCCCGACUCUCACUCCACACAUGGCUUCUACGAGAAUUAUGAGCCCAAGGAGAUCCUGGGCAGAGGAGUUAGCAGUGUGGUCAGGCGCUGCAUCCACAAGCCCACGUGCAAGGAGUAUGCCGUGAAGAUCAUUGAUGUCACUGGUGGAGGCAGCUUCAGUGCCGAGGAGGCGCAGGAGCUGCGAGAAGCCACGCUGAAGGAGGUGGACAUCCUACGCAAGGUCUCGGGCCACCCCAACAUCAUACAGCUGAAGGACACUUAUGAGACCAACACUUUCUUCUUCUUGGUGUUUGACCUGAUGAAGAAAGGGGAGCUUUUUGACUACCUCACUGAGAAGGUCACCUUGAGUGAGAAGGAAACCCGAAAAAUCAUGAGGGCCCUGCUGGAGGUGAUCUGCGCUUUGCACAAACUCAACAUCGUGCAUCGGGACCUGAAGCCUGAGAACAUCCUCUUGGAUGAUGACAUGAACAUUAAGCUCACAGACUUCGGCUUUUCCUGCCAGCUGGACCCCGGAGAGAAGCUGCGAGAGGUCUGUGGGACCCCCAGUUACUUGGCUCCUGAGAUCAUCGAGUGCUCCAUGAAUGACAACCACCCAGGCUACGGGAAGGAGGUGGACAUGUGGAGCACAGGAGUCAUCAUGUACACCCUGCUGGCCGGCUCCCCGCCCUUCUGGCACCGGAAGCAGAUGCUGAUGCUGAGGAUGAUCAUGAGUGGCAACUACCAGUUUGGCUCACCGGAAUGGGAUGAUUACUCCGACACGGUCAAGGACUUGGUUUCUCGAUUCUUGGUGGUCCAGCCCCAGAAGCGCUACACGGCUGAAGAGGCCCUGGCACACCCCUUCUUCCAGCAGUACGUGGUGGAGGAAGUGCGGCACUUCAGCCCCCGGGGGAAGUUCAAGGUGAUCUGCCUAACCGUGCUGGCUUCCGUGCGCAUCUACUACCAGUACCGCCGGGUGAAGCCCGUCACCAGGGAGAUCGUCAUCCGGGACCCCUACGCGCUCCGACCUCUGCGCCGCCUCAUCGACGCCUACGCUUUCCGCAUCUACGGCCACUGGGUGAAGAAGGGGCAGCAGCAGAACCGGGCUGCCCUCUUCGAGAACACCCCCAAGGCCGUGCUCUUCUCGCUGGCCGAGGACGACUACUGAGGGGGCAGGCACGCGGGGGAGGCGGAGCCGCAGAAACCUAAGCCGGAGGCAUGAGGCCGUGGGCGUGUGGGGGGCACUUGGCCCCCGCCAGGAGCCCCCUCCCCGGGUGCUGAAGCCGGCGUUGGAUGGACGUACCCCGACCCCGGGCCAGGCGCCAUUCCUGAGGAGGGAGGACCAGAUGUGGUCCGGGGCCAGGGCCCUCACUUC